UUUUGUGCUUUAGAUGUAUUGCACUGUAUAUUGUCUUGCUGUUUUAGUGUUCAUUCUAUUAAAUUAAAAUGAACUUUAUUUAUUUUUCCAUUUAGUUGUAAUGAAAAUAAUAGAUACAGAUCAAGACGUUUUAUUGUGUCACUUUACACUUUUUCAUAAUUUUAGGUGUUGAUAUUUGCCAGAGUUUCUCUAUUUUGACACUGACUUCUUAAUAAAAAAAAACAAAAAACUUUUUCAUAUUUCAUAAUUUAGUAUCCGUGUUUUCAAUUUGUAUUAUACAAAAAAAAAAAAAAAAAUGCUGUCCCCAAAACUGCUGUCAUCGCGCACAAAUAAAAAGGUUUUAAGUUUAAAUUUCCAAGACAUAAAGUGUAGUCAAAAGUUCCCCUAUAAUUGUAAAUAACUAAAAAAUGCAACUAGAUAAACGUGCAUAAGAAAUCCAUUGUGCUUGCACACAGGGCAAUAAAGUGCUUUACUCAUGCAGGCGCACAGAGAGAAUGGUAAAUGACUGAACCCCCUUCCUAUUGAAUACAGGCAGAGCAGCAGAAAGAGAGAAGGGCUGAGCUGCGACACUCAGUCACAGAGAGGCAGAGGUGUGAAUGAGUUAGGCAGAAGAAGAAAGAGAGACUUGGAAAGUAAUAGCAGGUUUUCUGUUUCAUAUUGGUUGAAAGUGGGAAAGAGAUUACAACACAUCCGGGAGAGAGAAAAGAAAGGGAGAGUACCCUAUAAUUUCUUUUUUAGACGGGUUUGCCAUACUUCUCCACCCGAGUAAAGCAGUCUCUCUGAGUGCAGUUUCAGGGACACUGAGGACCAGGGGUUGCAAUGAUAAGGAUUUUGGUAACGUGCGUCUCCAUGGUGUCCAUCACCGCGAUGGUGGCUGGUGCUCGUGGUGGAUACGGAAUGAGUAUGUUCGCGGCUCAGUCCUCCCCUCCGGACCCGUGUUACGACGAGAACGGCAACCCCAGACGCUGCAUCCCCGACUUUGUGAACUCCGCGUUCGGAAAGGACGUGCGCGUCUCCAGCACCUGCGGCACUCCGGCGUCGCGGUACUGCGUGGUGACCGAGAAGGGCGAGGAAAGAUCGAGGGACUGCAACAUCUGCGACGCCACGGACCCCAAGAAGACCCAUCCACCUGCGUAUCUGACAGACCUCAACAACCCUCACAACCUCACCUGUUGGCAGUCGGAGAACUACGUGCAGUACCCCCAGAAUGUGACUCUGACGCUGUCCCUGGGGAAGAAGUUCGAGGUGACCUAUGUGAGCCUCCAGUUCUGCUCUCCUCGUCCUGAAUCCAUGGCCAUCUUCAAAUCCAUGGAUUAUGGGAAAACCUGGGUGCCCUUUCAGUUCUACUCGACCCAGUGCAAGAAAAUGUACAACAAGCCGAGCAAAGCUGCGAUCACCAAGCAGAACGAGCAGGAAGCCAUCUGCACGGACUCUCACACGGACAUGCAGCCGUUAACAGGUGGGCUCAUCGCCUUCAGCACGCUGGAUGGCAGACCUUCCGCGCAUGACUUCGACAACUCUCCCGUCCUGCAGGACUGGGUCACGGCCACCGAUAUUAAAGUGACCUUCAACCGGCUGCACACGUUCGGGGACGAGAAUGAGGAUGACUCGGAGCUCGCCAGGGACUCGUAUUUUUACGCGGUGUCUGACCUGCAGGUCGGCGGUCGGUGUAAGUGUAACGGGCACGCGUCAAAGUGCGUAAAGGACCGGGAAGGGAACCUAGUGUGUGAGUGCAAGCACAACACGGCGGGACCGGAGUGUGACAGGUGUAAGCCGUUCCACUACGACCGGCCGUGGCAACGCGCGACGGCCAGAGAGGCGAACGAAUGUGUCGCCUGUCACUGUAAUCUUCAUGCCCGCCGCUGCCGCUUCAACAUGGAGCUGUAUAAGCUAUCAGGCCGCAGAAGUGGAGGAGUCUGUCUUAACUGUAGACACAACACAGCUGGACGGCACUGCCACUACUGUAAAGAGGGCUACUACAGAGACAUGACCAAGGCCAUCUCACACAGACGAGCAUGCAAAGCCUGUGAUUGUCAUCCGGUUGGUGCGGCUGGUAAGACCUGUAACCAGACGACUGGACAGUGCCCAUGCAAAGAUGGCGUGACUGGCAUCACCUGCAACCGCUGCGCUAAAGGAUACCAGCAAAGCAGAUCACCUAUCGCCCCUUGUAUCAAAAUUCCUGUUGCUGCACCCACAGCCACCUACAGCAGUUCAGAAGAGCCCACAGACUGCGACUCCCACUGUAAGAGCCCCAAGGGCAAGAUGAAGGUCACCAUGAAAAAAUACUGCAAAAAAGAUAUCGCUGUCCAGGUUCACGUACUAAAAGGAGACAAAGCGGGCGAAUGGUGGAAGUUCACUAUCAACAUCAUAUCCGUCUAUAAGCAGGGCGGACACCGCAUUCGCAGAGGAGACCAGCUCCUGUGGGUCCGCGCUAAAGACGUGGCCUGCAAGUGCCACAAAAUUAAACCCGGAAGGAAGUACCUGCUCAUGGGCUCAGACGACGACGACUCUCGCGGUCAGAGCGGCGUGGUGGCGGACAAGGGCAGCCUGCUCAUCCCGUGGAAGGACCUGUGGGCCCGUCGGCUUCGGAAAUUCCAGCAGCGUGACAAGAGGGGCAAGUGCUAGAGGGGAAACACAGAGAGAUUGAAGAACAGGAGAGAAGGAAAGACAAAAUAAUGACCCGAGCACCUACAAGUCGGAGCAGGUUGAUUGAGGAUUGAUCAGAACUGUGGUGAAGGACAACCACUUGUGCAGUUUUGCCUUCUGUCGUUUAGCGUUUUUUUUGUUUUUUUUUUUUUUGGGUUCCCAUCAAGAUUUUAUUUUUUCAUAUCUUCAAUUUUGCAGAAUUUGCACCUACUAUUAAGUAUACAUAUAUGUAAAGUCGUUUAUGUGUGAUCCUUUCUGGUGUCUCUUUAUGAUUUCUGUCUUUUUCCACAAAUGAUAAAAAAAAGAAACAAGCUACUGAGUCAAUUUAUCUACAUGAGCGUUUCACUUCAGAAGUGAAAGUGGGGUCCAAAAGUCUGAGGCCACAUUGAUUAUCUGGAUUUAAAUGUAAAACAAAGAAGAAUUUGUGAUGCGAUCUGGGAAAACCGUCGGAUGUUGCGAUGGAACGUUUUCAGUAAAGUCAAAAAAUAGGUUGAAUGUUUUUUUUUGUUUUUUUUGUCAAAAUUGGGUUUUCAUUAAAUUAUUAUUCUAUAACAUCUUGUUUAUCAUCUCUGAAAAUAUCUUGGCAGAAUUCGCCUGUUGCAGAAAAAUAGCGAUUUAUAGUGGCAAGGCUAAAAAAUCGGCCAUAGCUUUCCCUCUCAUAACACUACAAAGACAGUUCACCUAUCAAAAUAAACCACAUAACAUGUAGAAUGAAGGUGUAUUAAUGCAAAUUUGCCACCAGUCCUGUAUAAACUACAGCACGCAAAGAUUUUUUUUUCUAAUACAACGUUAUUGCGAGAAGGCAGAGCUAUAAUGAACACACAUGUUCUAAUUAUGUGUUUAUUAGAGGUUGAAUUCAAAUCAAAUACUGCACAUACUACUUCUGAAUAGGAUGUCUGCUUAAUAAAAUGUAUGAAAAUAUGGUUCAGAUCACUCAAAUAAAUGGAGGCACCCUUAAAUGGUCAGUAAUGGAGCUUGGGUGUCAUCUAGUGAAAAAGUUUGGCAUUGCACCCAAACUAAAUCUUACUGAAAGCUCAUUUUUUAAAUAUAUCAACCUAAAAAAAAUUCUUGCAGUUUAAGAGUAAAACAUGUUUUGU